AUGUAUGUUCUAAUGUUUUUGCUAUCUUCCCUGCAUGUUAAGUCUAAAACCUGUUGAGUAAAAACUACAUUUCAAUAAGAAACGUUUCAAAUGUUCACGUUUUGAACGCGUUUUAUACUUAAUUCCCUUUUUGGUUGAUGAAACCUUCCUGCGACAUCAUUUGUAAAUUAUUAUUAAAACACACUUGGACCAAACAUUUUUAGAACUUGUACUAUCGCUUCUUUCGAAUCUCAUUCUUUUGUAAAUGCACAUUUGUUGUCCUGAUCAUUUAUGAACGUCGCGUUAACUAACAGUUUUAAAGAGGAAGUCAACAGAGGCACAGUCCUCAUCCGAGUGACUCCUGUGGCCACCGAGUUCUUCGUAGACUUCCUCUUUUACACCAGACCGCAACAAUGUGAAUUCAGAGCCGUUUCAAAAACAGGAAGCUUGCGCGUUAGGAAAGAUCAAUUCAGCUUUUAUCUUCGGUUCGGUUAGUCUCAUGGUGUUCGUCUUGAUUCAGAGAAACAAUAAGUACGUUUUGUGUUCGCCCUGAGCUCCUCAUGAUGGCUGAUGCUUUAGAAAAUAACUCUGAAUGCCCUUCGGCUGUUAAGAGUGAUGCUGAGGCUUCAGCCGGAGGUCUCAGCAUGCUGGAGAGCUCAACGCAAGGCAACCAGGAAGAUGGUCAUGUUGUAUUUGAAGACUCUGGGUUUGCAGGACAUUUACAGAACGGACUAUGUGAUCUUCACCUCGAGGAGAGACUAACGGACGUGACACUCCACGUCCAGGGCCAACGCUUCUGCUGCCAUCGGGUGGUUCUUGCGGCAGCCAGUCAUUAUUUCAGAGCAAUGUUUUGCAAUGACUUAAGAGAGAAGCAUGAAGAAAGUGUAAAUAUUAAAGGUCUUGACGCUGACACCAUGAGAAUUCUUCUUGAAUAUACGUACACCAGUAAAGUCACCAUCACUAAAGACAAUGUUCAGAAGACGCUUGAGGCUGCCAGUCUGUUUCAGUUUCCCCGUUUGGUUGAUGCCUGUGCCAGUUAUCUAGCGGAGGCCUUACACCCUGAAAACUGCGUAGGGAUCCUGAAUCUAGCUGACGUCCACUCGCUGAACCCUCUGAAAGUUCAAGUCCACGGCUACAUCAUGCAGAACUUCUCUCAAGUCAUGGACCACGAUGAGAUCCUGGAGCUCCCUGUAGACGUGCUGGUCAGUCUGCUCCAGCGGGAUGAUCUGGGGGUAACAGAAGAGGAGCAGGUUUUUGAGACUGUCCUCCGCUGGGUGAGGGCACGGGAGCAGGAACGACUGCCUUUUCUGCCCCAAGUUCUCAUGCACGUGCGGCUGCCUUUGUUGGAUCCGUGGUACUUUGUGGAGAGAGUGGAAGGAGAUCCUUUGAUCCGCAAAUGUGCCGAGGCCUUUCCGCUCCUGCAGGAGGCGCGAGUUUAUCACCUCUCAGGAAACGAGGUGAUCUCGGAGCGCACCAAACCGAGAGUGCGGGAGUUCCAGUCGGAGGUUUUUAUGAUCAUCGGAGGAUGCACAAAGGAUGAGAAGUUUGUAUCCGAGGUCACCUGUCUGGAUCCGCUGCGCAGGAGCCGCUUAGAGGUGGCAAAACUACCAAACACAGACAUGGAAUCGGAGAACGAAAACAAGAAGUGGGUGGAGUUUGCCUGUGUCACCUUCAGAAAUGAAGUGUACAUAUCUGGUGGCAAGGAAACACUGCAUGAUGUGUGGAAGUAUAAUGCGUCCCUAAACAAGUGGAUUCAGAUCGAGUUUCUGAACACAGGGCGCUGGAGGCACAAGAUGGCAGUUCUUGGAGGAAAAGUUUAUGUGUUGGGUGGCUUCGAUGGCAUCCAUAGAUUGAACAGUGUCGAAGCCUACGAUCCAUUUCACAACAGCUGGACGGAGGCAGCGCCACUCAUGCUCAGCGUAAGCUCUUUUUCUGCCGCCAGCUACGACAAGAUGAUCUUUGUGAUCGGUGGAGGGCCCAACGGCAAACUGGCCACAAACAACAUGCAGUGCUUUGAUUCAAAGCUAAACAAAUGGAACUUAAAAUGCCCAAUGCCCACUGAGGCCAAAUGCACAAACGCUGUGACCUUUAAGAACGAUAUCUACGUUGUUGGUGGAGCGAUGAAGGCAUUAUAUUCCUAUAGUCCUCUUGAAGAUUCCUGGAUGCUCAUAACUCAUCUGAGAUGUGAGAGGGCCAGCUGUGGCAUCGCUGCCUGCAACAACAAGAUCUUCAUCACCGGCGGUCGCGAUGAUAAGAAUGAGGUCAUCGCUACUGUUCUCUGCUGGGACCCGGAGGCGAAGAAGUUAACAGAGGAGUGUGUGCUGCCACGUGGAGUGUCCCAUCACGGCAGCGUGACUCUCAGGAAAUCUUACACACAUAUACGCAGGAUAACACCAGGGACAGUCACGGCAUGACACAUGCAACAACAUACAUUAGAUUAUAUUCAAAUUUAACAAGAAGUUUAUUUGUAAAGUGUUUUUCAUGAUGCAUAUCAGUUUAAGACUACUUUACGGAAAUGCAAGUUACAUAAAAACUGUAGCAAGAUUGCAUGUUGUGAUCAUAAUGAUAACAAUAUAUGUUAAAGUUGUCAAAUGGAGGAUUUUAGGAUUGCUAAGUAUCUGAGCCGCAUACAAACAAAUAUUUGCUUUCGGGUCAAGAUCCAUUACUACAUAAAACAGUAUUUUUACGCAAUUUUAUUAAUAUUUAUACAACUCAUGUAAAGCUUAUUUUAUUUGUUUAUUUGUAUAAAAAAUGUAUUUGUGUGGUUAAAAUUUUGAAUACUAUAACAUCCAAAUGUGAAAAAAAUCACAUGUCACUCAUUUGCUGCUGUUGUGAUUUUCAUUAAACCCAAAAAGCAUUAAAGUAAAAAACAGAUUUUUCAAGUAAUAAC